UGUGUUGAAUUGGAGUAGGUUCACUGGCAACACACAGUCGCAGUAAACCGGCAUCAGUUCCACACUGUAUUCCUCCACUAAACGAGGACUCGUUCCUACCGUUCGACACGCUGGACAAGUGGUCGUCCUUGCCACAGGCAAACACUAGCAUCGAACGCACUCCCGCAUCGAUCCCUGCAACACGCAUACCAAAAUCAACACAAUCAACACCCACCCCACCCAUACUCGAUCGCCUCACGAUUCCCACCAUUCCAUGUCGGACACGGGUUGGACGUUCGCUGCGGCGGCGGACGCUUGCGACGACGAAGAUGUCUGGACACAACCGCCGUUCACGCCCACCAAUCCGUUGCACCGGGCGCUGCAGGCCUGGGACGCCAGUCUCCGCUGCGGCAUUUGCCGGGAACUCUUCCGGAUACCCACCUCCGUCGUGGCCUGUGGACACGUCUUUUGUGCCUGCUGUGUACGGGAUUCCUUCCAAACACAACUCUACCGCACGCUCAAGAAGAGUGCCUCGUGUCCGCUCUGUCGGGAUGGGAAAGUGGUAGAAAAGGAUCCCAGCUUUGCCAAAACACUCCGACCCAAUCCACUGCUCGAACAACUUGUACUCCAGUAUCAAUCUCUACGAAAACCACUCUACGAUGCCCUUUGUCAGUCACUCGAAACGACGGCACCCAGUGGGGGUGGUGGUAGUGUUGGUGACGAUACCAACGGUAGUGGUGCUAGUGGUGUAAAUAAUAGGGAAGGGGGUUGUGGUGAUGUUGGUGUAGUGGACAGUGACGGUAGUGUUGGUGUGGUGGGGAGUCGUGCGGUUUCUGCCACGAACGAAGGUGCCGUACACGCCAAUACCCGGAGCAAUACCGUUACACGGAGCAAUCAUCAUCAUCAACCCUAUCCAAACCCACACUCCGUCAACACUGACGACGACGAAACAACGGCACCAACCACCCAGGCUACUCCUCUACCACCACCACCACUCGUGCCCCAACGCAGUCUCAAUUAUCACGGUCUCAAACGCAAGCGUUUACAGGAAUUGUGUCAACAACAAGGACUCGACACCACCGGGACGGACGAAACUUUGAAAAACCGACACCGCGCCUAUGUCGCCUUUCACAACGCCCACGUCGACUCCGUACAACCCUGGACCGCCGCAGAAUUGAUCCGCAUUUUCAAUCAACGGGAACGGGCCAAGGCGCGGGUUGCUCGACCGCGUUCGCUCAUACCGCCCACCACCGACGCCCACGGUAACAUUGCCUACGAUCCCAAGCUCCGCGCCGGAUUCGCCAAACUCGUGGCGCAAGCCAGAAAACAACAACAAGAGCAACAAUGCCAGCAUCGUGAAGAACAAAGCCAGCAGUCUUCGACGACACCAAUAACAUCCUCCACCGAAUUCGUAACGGAACCAACGCAACAGGCACCACAAUCGACUGACCAUCCCGUGACGGAUGCUUCGGCACCGGUAAUGGCACCAACCCAUGUACCUUCAAUGGUAAAUCCGUAUCGCCAAGGUCACGGGACCACCCCGGCCGCUACGCGGAGCAACCCUCGUGCAACCACCCCCGGGUCCCAGUCGAGCGAGGAAUCACGGCGGCGAACGACUACGCGUUCGACCAACCAGUAUCGAUCCCCUCUCCUUCACUCGGACCCGGUACCGAACGGGCCUCCCAACGCCAUGGCCGUUCUGUCUUCGGGUUCGGAAACGCCCUCCAACGUCAACCCGUACAAACAGAGAAAUUGCUCGUCGCAGCCCGCAACAAGCACACCUUCCUCACACGAAACCAACUCCGACACCGUCAAAUCUACGCUCUCCGCAAACCCCUCUAGGAGGCCGUCUCCAGUCGAUGUCUUGGCCGAUUGCAACACGAAUGGGCAUGCCAGCGACGACCACAACAACACGGUGCGACCCACUCUUCCACAGAGCCGCAAACGAACCCGACCGCACGGGAAGGUAUCGCCGGCGACGUCGUCACUACUCAACACGCGCAAAGGAUACCGCCGGGACAGCGCGCAAGGAUCGUGGACGUGCGGUAAGUGCACUUUUUUCAACCAAAAACACAAGUGGCGCACUUCGUGUUGUGAGAUGUGUGCCACACCCCGUUCGGAAGCCACGGAACAAUGCGUGGGCGAGGGACAACACGUGAACGUAGAUUGAUGUCUAUUUCUUCAAGCGGGGUCUAAGAACAGAGAAUAUAAACUAAGAAUAUCGGUAAACAGU